AUGAUGAUCGGUGGUGGCGUCGCGACCCCUCCUGGUACUGCCAAGUCGGCGGCUGCGAUCGACGGCGAGAUGGUGCAGGUCGACGGCAUUGGCAGUGGUAGUGUCAGUGGUAGUGCUAGUGGUAGUGGCAGCCCUGCGACGGGCGCGACCACCACGCGCCUCGCCAGCAACGGUAGCAACAGCCACAGCGGCGGCAACAACGUCAGCGGCAGCAACAACAACAACAACAGCAGCGGCAGCAGCACGAACAACGGUGGCAGCAACGACGGGCACGGCGGUGUGACGAAUUGCUCGAGCAGCUCGGCGGCGGGCGACAAGUUCUGCUGCCAGGAUGAAGACGCGCCCGUCAGCACGAGCGUCGCGCGACCUUGGGAACCGCCGUCACCGACCUUCUCCCAGUCGAGGUCGCACCUCCUGCAGGUCCACCCGCCGCAUCACCAUCAGCACCCGACCGCCGCGCACCACCAUCAGCAGAUGAACGUUCCGGCUUCUCUGAUCGAUGGCGUAAGCUUGCAAAAUUGCACAGCGGGCCCGUUCGCCAGCGGCAAUAGCGGCGGUACAUCACGGCAGCGCUUAAUCGAAUUGUCGCACGGAUUAGGAGCACUGAGGCACUACAACGAUCUCGCCAACCACGUGUUGUCCCUAAAUCAGCAGGGCGCAGUCGUCACGAAACUUUUGGGUACGCUGCGUCCGCCGGGCCUGAUCGGCGGCAGUAAGCCGAAGGUAGCGACACCGGCUGUCGUCGCCAAGAUCGAGCAAUAUAAACGGGAGAACCCGACCAUCUUCGCCUGGGAAAUUCGGGAGAGGCUAAUCUCCGAGGGAGUCUGCAGUAACGCGACAGCGCCGUCGGUCAGCAGCAUCAAUCGGAUACUGCGGAACCGCGCGGCGGAGCGCGCGGCCGCCGAGUUCGCGCGCGCCGCCGGCUACGGGCUUUACGCGGCCGCCGGGCCGCACCCGUACUUCAACUCGCACCAGCACCCGACCACGAGCCACCAUCUGCCGGCGGGCUGGCCGGGCGCCCCGGGCGCGGCCGGACACCCGUGGAUGUUGCCGCCUUUAGCUACCGGUAUCUCCGGCGCGUCCGCACUGCUGUUGCCGCCGUCGCUGAGCCCCGGCGCCGCGGCCGCCGCGGCUGCGGCCGCAGCGGCAUCCGCGUCCGCCGCCGGCACCACCGAGCACGCCCUGCACGCCGCCGACGCGAUCGCUCGUGGUUAUUUGCAAGACGGUGACGGGGACGACGGAAGCUUGGACGGCUCGGAGCAGCCCAAGUUCCGGCGCAAUCGCACGACCUUCAGCCCGGAGCAGCUCGAGGAACUCGAGAAAGAGUUCGAGAGGUCGCACUACCCCUGCGUGUCGACGCGCGAGCGUCUCGCCUCGAAGACAUCGCUCUCGGAAGCGCGCGUUCAGGUUUGGUUUUCCAACAGACGGGCAAAGUGGCGUCGUCACCAGCGCAUGAACCUCUUAAAGCGCUCGCCACCACCGCCACCACCGCCACCGCAGCCGCAGCCGCCGCCGCAGCACUCCGCUACGUCCGCUAUGGAAAUCGGCCAGCGUACGUCCAGCUGCUCCAUUGCCGGCAUGGGCGGCGAAAGUAGCGCGUUCCGCGCGGUCGUCGCCAACUCCGUCGCCGGCCACCUCAGGGACGCGGACAGACCCGAGAGAAUCGAGCCGAAGCAGCCGGAGAGGAAGCCCAGCGCAUUCCGGAUGAUCAGUCAGCUGGUGGGCGACGACUCCACCGGGCUGUCCUCCUCGCGACCUAGCAGUCCCGCGUACGAGCAGCGGCAGGGAUCCGUGCUCGCGCGCGGACCGAGCCCCGGCUCGGCCCACAGGAUACGCUUCGAUCACGAGGACGAGGACGAGGAGAUCGACGUCCAGGACUCCGAUCAGGACGCGCCGUCGCCGCCGCCGCCGCCGCCGGUCGCUUGGAGGGACCAUUGGACCGACCAACAGCCCUUGGAGCUGACCAAGCACGAUCGUUGA